AUGGCUCAAAUAUCGGAUUCCAUCAACACAAUCCAACGAUUUACUCCAGAAGACGUUUCAAAACACAACACUCCCGAUAACCUAUGGACCAUCAUUGGCAAUGAGAUAUAUGACUUGACCGACUUUCAGAAAGAGCAUCCAGGGGGAGCAAAAAUUCUUCAAGCCGUUGCAGGAAAAGACGGGACAAAAAAGUUCCGCAAAUAUCACCGAGAGGCGUUGUUGGUGAAAUACAAAACAUUACUGGCAGGAGAGCUGGUAGUCCAGCCAAAGGGCCGAAAAUGGUUAUUCUUCAAAACUUCCAAAUGA